CGAGGCCUCAAAUAUCUCACUGUUCUGUACCUGGUCAAAGAGAUGGAUAGUCCAUAUACUGGAAAUCUCUAGCACCAGCAAUAUUCGCCACCGCCAGCGAAAAUUGGGUAUUUUAGAUAAGAUUAUGCAAUGGUUAGAAAAUUAUUUGCUUUGAUAAAUCACAAUCGUGGUGUUGGAGACUAGGAAAUUUAAACCAUUGGGCUCCACGGUACCUGCUCCAAAAUAUUUUAUAGCUCUCCCCGACCACGUGUCGCGAUCUGCGCCGUCACACGCAGCGCGGCACACGGUGUUCUCCUACUCGGCCACCUCGUACUCCGCAAACUCUUUUCCUCCCCCUCAAAAGCUAUAUUCUCCUCCUACUGCUACGCAAUUCCAAUUCCCAUUCCGACUCCGACUCCGACUCUUACUCAACAAUGGAUCUCACAACCACCGCCAACUCCACCGCCACUACAGUUGACGACGCCGGUGUCAUCUCCCUCCCCCCCUUCGCCCUCCAAACCCUACCCCACCUCUCCGAUUACCUCCCCAACGUCGUCUCCGUCCUAAACCCUAUCGACCGAAACCCUUACUACCACCCCUCCUCGGGGUUCUACAUCUCCCCCUCCGACGUCGUCCUAGGGCACAUCCUCUUCGACCUCUCCGCCGGCGCCGCCGCCGCCGCCGGGGACCGCCGGUUCCCGGCGUACCACCGCGCGGGGCCGCGGCGGGUCGUGCGCUUCGACCCCGCGGCGGUGCGCGCGGCGAUCGUGACGUGCGGGGGCCUCUGCCCCGGCAUGAACACGGUGAUCAGGGAGCUCGUGGUGGGGCUGUGGGAGCUCUACGGCGUGCGCGAGAUCUACGGGGUGCCCUCCGGGUACCGAGGGUUCUACUCCGAGGAGCCCGUGAAGCUGGACCCCAAGAUGGUCGAUGAUUGGCACAAGAGAGGGGGCACCGCCCUCGCCACCUCCCGGGGCGGGUUCGAUCUCGAGAGGAUCGUCGAUGCGAUCGAGCGCCGCGGGUAUAAUCAGGUCUAUGCAAUUGGUGGCGAUGGAACCAUGAAAGGCCUCUUAAAGAUCUUUGAACUGAUUCAACGCCGCAAACUGAAGAUAUCCAUAACCGGGAUCCCCAAAACGGUUGACAAUGAUAUUGGCAUCAUAGACAAGUCAUUCGGCUUCCAAACCGCCGUAGAGAUGGCCCAGCAGGCCAUUAGCGCAGCUCAUGUGGAGGCUGUGAGUGCGGUGAAUGGGAUCGGGCUCGUCAAACUAAUGGGCCGGAGCACAGGCCACAUUGCUCUCCAUGCUACCCUAAGCAGCCGUGACGUGGACUGUUGUUUGAUCCCUGAGAAUGAUUUCUAUUUGGAAGGUAAAGGCGGUCUAUUUGAGUUCCUUGAUCAAACGCUUAAGCAAAACGGGCAUGCAGUGAUCGUGGUGGCUGAGGGGGCCGGGCAAGACAUCAUACCGCGAACUGAUAAACAAAAACAAGAGAGGGACGAGUCGGGAAACCCGGUGUUCUUGGAUGUCGGACCGUGGCUCAAGUCGGAACUGAGGAAAUGGUGGGCACGAGAAAACAAAGGAGCAAUUCUCACGGUGAAGUAUAUUGAUCCCACGUAUAUGAUACGAGCAGUUCCGGCAAAUGCCACCGAUAACUUGUACUGCACCUUGUUGGCGCAUUCAGCUAUCCACGGCGUCAUGGCUGGGUAUACUGGCUUUGUUUCUGGCCCAAUAAAUGGGAAUUAUGGGUAUAUACCACUGGAGCAGGUCGCAUUUGCGAAGAAUAAAGUGGAUAUUCUCGAUCAUAAGUGGGCAUGGGUCAGGUCAGUUACAAACCAGCCAGAUUUCCUCAGAGGCAGCACCUGAAGCUUCCUCACAGAUACUUAACCUUAAGCCCUGAGAGUUUUGAACAUUCUUAGAUGAAGCUGUUAUUGUAGUUUCCUUUAGAAAAAUAAAUCAGUGGACCUGAAGAAUAUCUGAGCUUGAGCUUAAAAGAAUGGUGUUGUUUGAUGAUAAUGUUGAAAAUUCUGCGUUACCAUGCUUGCAUUUUGGAGAA